AUGAUCUCAUAUUACACUUCUCCACAUUACAAUGCUGAUCCAUUUAAUCCAUACUGUAUUGGAAGUCAUAAGUCGUUAUUCAAUGAUGUGAUGCAUCAAUUUGAUAGACAAUUUUAUUAUAAUCAAAGUCAAAAGAUGCUCGAAAAGAUGUCUAAACCUAGCAGUGUCAAACAAGUUGAAACAGCGGAUGGUUAUCAAAUCCAAAUUGCUAAGAGAUUUGGCGAUUUCAAUGGUUAUGAAGUCAAAGUGAUACGGGAUUUAUCGGGCGACUUCUUACUCAAAAUUGAGGGAAAUAAUGACCAAUUCGAAAGGAAAUAUGAACUAGACCCAGAAAUGGUAGAAAUACGUGAAAUCGAUUGGAAGUGGUUCAGAAAUGAAAACGUCUUGGUGUUGAAUAUACCAAAACGCAAAUACAGACAGGAAGAGAGGAAGAAAGUCAAGAGUGUCAAGAAAUCAAACUGUAAGAAAUUUUCUCCUAAAAGAAAGGUAGUAAAUGACAAGAGACUGCAUCACAAGCUCGAUAAGCUCGAAGCUGCUUUAAAAGAGGAACAAAGACAGAGGAAUUCCGAAAAACAAGAAGAGUAUUUGAAGCAACAAGAAAAUGACCAACGCAGUUUGACAAGCGACGAAGCUCUGUUUGAACACGAGGAGAAUAUACAGCUGCCCUCAUUAUCAGCUGAAUCGAGUCCAGCUUUGGAAUCAGAUACUUCUAGUGAAACUGAAUCAAUCGAAUCUGAACCUAUAAAAGCCAAGAAGAAAAACAGACUGCCUUCAAUCGAAGAGGUAGAAGACGAAGAGUUUAUACUACUUCGCAAGAAUAUGAUAUAA